UGACUGACAGACUAAUCACCCAGCUGACGUGAUUCCCAGUUUCCGAGGGCUGGCGUCUCUGAGGAGCCUGGACCUGUCCAGGAACCGUCUGCGCUCGGCCCCCCCUCAGAGCUUCUCCUACCUGGCCUGGCUGGGCAGCCUCAACCUGGACAUGAACACCUGGAACUGCACCUGUGAGCUGAGAGAGCUGGCCGCCUUCCUGUCCAGCUACAUGGAGGCUCCGGAUAAGGUGCUCUACAACGGGCGUCGCCUGGUGUGUGUGAGCGCUGACAACCCCGCCGUUACCACGGUGCUGGAGCUGACAGAGCAGAACUGUGUCCCCCCCAAUCAGAACAUCACGGUCCAGGUGGAGGCCCGGGCCUCCGUCUCCCCCCGGCGCUACGCCCGAGACCUGGCCCUCGCCGCCGCAGGCUGCUUCUUUGGUGGAGUGGUUCUCUCUCUGCUGGUGGUGUUCCUUCUCUACCGGAAUCUUCUUAGCAACGGCUUCCUGAUGAGGUCACAGAAGGGCGGGGCCGAGGGGGAGAGGGGGGCGGGGCCUGGACCAACUGUCACUCGGUGGGACGAUGACAAAGACCGAUUGGACGCCAAACAAAUGCUGGCCAAUGGCAGCGGACCGUGGGGCAGGGAGGCGGCCAUGUUGGAAAGCAACGGCAGCCAUCUUAAGUCCAGGAUGGGGGUCCACGGCGGCCGUUUUAGGUGUCCCAAAUGCAGCCAUGGGGAGGAUGAUGCGUGGGCGUACAGAGCUGAAGAGAGGGAGAGGAGACUGGAGCCACACCGAGAUGUCAGAGGUGAAAGGUCAUUGGACAAACCAGCAGGGGCCCGUGCCAGCCACCCAAUCAGCCGUCAUCAGGAAGAGGAAUCAGCCUAUCAGCUGCGUGGCUCUCGCAUCAGCAAACUGCCACUAGAGGGCGCCAGGGGCAGACGCCUCGGCCCCACUCAGAGGACCCCCAGCAGGGUGAGGGGAGAGGGGGGAGUACCUGGGGGCAAGGACAUGGAGGGUGGGGCCAGGGUGGGCUACGCACCUGGAGGAGACAGACUGUGGUCUGGAGCUGGAACUGGAUCUGACUUCCAGACGCUCAGCUGUGAUGGCUGCCACCAGACCUACGAGUACAGAGAAGCAGGACAUCCAGGCAGGGAGGGGAGCCACCGACCCGACCCCAGAGAGAGCGCUCUCCACAACGGACACCACCCCACCACCGGCCCCCUUCACGGCUGGGGCGCGGAGGCAAAGUCGAACCACUCCGAUCGGGUCCGCUUCGACGCUCCGAGAGGCGGGGGCUUCCAGCGGAGCGUCACGUUCGAUCUAGAACGCUCCACGGGGGAGGUGGCGGGCGGGGGGUGGAGGAGGAACGGUACCGGGGAAGGGGGUGAGGGGGAGACGGAGGUGCCCGGAGAGGUCGGGUCAGGGGCGACUGGCCGCGAGGGCAGGGCCGUGAGGAGGGGUGAGGGUGGGGGGAGGGGAGAGGGGAGCCACAGGAAACAGAGACCCAAGGUCCAGUCCAGCAGGCUGCUGAAGGUGAAGCUGAACUUGAACCCGCUGAGGAAGAGUAAGGUUCACCCGAGGAGGAGCAGCAGGGAGAGGCCGGAGUCCGGCCAGGCGGCGGGCAAGGCCAGGACGGGCCAAGUAACCUAG